AUGGAGUUAUUUUCACUAUGGACCAAAGCUGUGUUCAACUUGGCCUUGGCUCUUUAUUCUGGUAAGCUUUCAGUCUCGGGUAGAAUGCUGAUAGAUUGUGAGCCAUAUGUAAAAUAUAUCGACACAUGUACCAAAGAGUAUUAUCCAAUCUGUGCAACUAAUGGAAAAAUUUAUUGCAAUAAAUGUAUUUUCUGCGUUUCACUGAGUUCCUCCUUAUUAUGGACCAAAUUCAUUUUCAUCCUGGCCUUGGUGUUUCCUCUUUAUCAUGAGAAUACUUUUGCAUUUUCAACAAAAGUCCGUCAGAAGCCUGACUGCAACGUAUAUAAAAACUUCCCAAACAGGUGUACCAGGGAAAGGAAUCCAAUCUGCGCAACAAAUGGACGUACUUAUAGCAAUGAAUGUGUUUUCUGCAGUGCCAUGAUAACCUCUAAAGAAAAAUUUAAUUAUCGGCAUCAUGGUCCUUGCUGAAUUUGUGUGGGUUACACAUACAUCAUCCUUUCUCAUAGUGUAUUCUGCAAUCAAGUAAAAUUUUCUCAGUGAGUGCUUCAGAUUCCUAAACAACAAAUGAAGUCUUCUGUGGUUCAUAAAGUGGAAUAUAAGAUAUUGAAGAAUUUCUCCAACCUGUGAUUGAAGGAUUUUAUUUCAGUUUUAAUCAUGGUGUUAAAAAUUGUUAUCAUAUUCACUGUGAUUAUUGUUAGUAUUCAGGUUAUCUGUACUGACCUGCCCUUGGGGUUCUGACAGGAUAUGUCCUCAGCUGUAGCCACUGAGAACGCCUCCUGUGCAAAUCACUUUUUUCCCCUUUAAAAGGGCUCUGCCCACCUCCCACCUCUCUCUCUCUCUCUCUCUCUCUCUCUCUC